CUAAUUGGCUGACGAGACGCGAGGUCAGGAUGUUGAUACAGAGUACACUAGCUUGUAGUAAGCCGCUCACUUAGAGACCGGACCGCUGCGGGUCGCGUGCUGCUGCUGCCGUCUACCGGGAGAGCCUGGCGGGUGGGACUAGGAGGAGGAGAAGCGGAGCUGCCGGGCAUGGAGUGAGCCGCGGGAUCUCCGCUCUGCCAGCCCGUGGAAUGGUGCUGACAUCUGCCCGCAGCAUGGAGACGUCGCCCGUCACCGCAGUGGGCGCUAAGGUAGGCCACCAGAAGCCUGUGGAAGUGAAGGAGAACACUGAGAAGUUCUGUCCAGUGACUAUGAACCCGCGGCACACCAGGAAGGCUUUCAAGGUUAUGAAUGAACUCCGCAGGUGAAAUGAGUGAAAGUCGAGCAAAAAGAGUCCGAAUUAAAGAGGUAGAUGGGUGGACACUAAAAUUGCUUGUAGAUUAUGUUUACACUGCGGAAAUUAAAGUGACUGAGGAAAACGUGCAGGUGCUUCUGCCAGCAGCCAGUCUCUUGCAGCUUCAAGAUGUGAGGAAAACCUGCUGCGAGUUCCUAGAAGGCCAGCUUCACCCAACCAACUGUUUAGGGAUCCGAGCUUUUGCGGACAUGCAUGCAUGUUCUGAAUUGUUACACCAAGCUAACACCUUUGCAGAACAACACUUUUCAGAUAUUGUCCAAGGGGAAGAGUUCCUGAAUCUUGGCAUAGAACAAGUUUGCAGCUUAAUAGCCAGUGAUAAGCUGACCGUUCUUUCAGAGGAAAAGGUAUUUGAAGCUGUCAUUACCUGGGUAAACCACGACAAAGAUGUGCGCCAGGAGCACAUGGCACAUCUAAUGGAACACGUACGCCUUCCUUUACUCUCAAGAGAUUAUUUAGUACAGAGAGUAGAAGAAGAGACGUUAGUGAAAAACAGCAGUGCCUGCAAGGAUUACCUCAUCGAAGCCAUGAAGUACCACUUACUUCCUGGAGACCAGCGGACAUUGAUAAAGAGUGCACGGACAAGGCAGAGAACUCCCGUCAGUCUUCCCAAGUUAAUGGUCGUGGUUGGAGGCCAGGCACCCAAGGCCAUCCGCAGUGUGGAGUGCUACGAUUUCAAAGAGGAACAGUGGCACCAAGUGGCUGAAUUACCCUCGAGGAGAUGCAGAUCAGGUGUGGUGUAUAUGAACGGACAUGUGUUUGCUGUUGGUGGAUUCAAUGGCUCUCUCAGAGUUCGUACAGUAGAUUCGUAUGACCCAGUGAAGGACCAAUGGAUAAGUGUGGCAAACAUGCAGGACAGGAGAAGCACUCUAGGGGCUGCAGUCCUCAAUGGACUUUUGUAUGCUGUUGGAGGAUUUGAUGGCAGUACAGGUUUGGCAACCGUUGAAGCUUAUAAUGUAAAGGCAAAUGAAUGGUUUCAUGUAGCUCCAAUGAACACUAGAAGAAGUAGUGUAGGAGUUGGUGUUGUUGGAGGUAUGCUCUAUGCUGUUGGAGGUUAUGAUGGGGCAUCACGACAGUGUCUUAGCACAGUUGAAUGUUAUAACCCAAGUACAAAUGAAUGGAGUUACAUUUCCGAAAUGGGCACACGACGGAGUGGAGCAGGUGUGGGAGUAUUAAACGGAUGGCUUUAUGCAGUUGGAGGCCAUGAUGGUCCACUAGUUAGAAAAAGUGUUGAGAUGUAUGACCCCUCUACUAAUGUGUGGAAGCAAGUUGCCGACAUGAAUAUGUGCCGAAGAAACGCAGGUGUUUGUGCGGUAGACGGCAUGUUAUAUGUUGUCGGAGGUGAUGAUGGGUCUUGUAAUUUGGCAUCGGUGGAGUAUUACAAUGCAGCAACUGACAAAUGGACGCUUUUGCCAUGUUGUAUGAGCACAGGGAGAAGUUAUGCAGGUGUUACAGUUAUUGAUAAGCCAUUAUGAUCUGAGCUUACGUCUUCAGACAGCGCGGGUAUAAAGUGAAGUGUGGUAUUACUUCCUGGCUUGUGACUGCAAGCUGUGGCAGACGAAAUAGAGGCUUUUCAUCUGCAGUAAAGCACAGCAGCCACCGAAGAUUACCCUAGGUUGAAGUAUUGCUCUGAGCUCUUCUGUAUUGAGCAGCAGAUGUCUGGAUUUUGAUACGGUUUGUGAAAUCUGUUCACACAAUUGUUGCUUCCCAACUGUGACAAAAAAAAGCUGCUUUCAUGUCAUCCAGCUCUUGCUGACCACGGUUGACUAAAGGAUGUCUGUACAAAGAAGGAUUUCAAGUGACGUGUAUUUGGUGGACUAGACUUUAUAGUGAAGUAUCUCUUUUUGGAAUCUACAUUGCUAGAAUGUUAGGGGUCAUACUUUCACAUACGAGGAUGCUUUUUUCAGCUAUGUGAAUAAAAUCGAAACUGUGUGUGUAUGUCUGUGCAUACGUGUACUGUAUAAUUGUAAUUGCUGCUUUCUUCAAAGCGGUCCAACUGUUGGGUUACUGCACUAUUUAUAUUUGGCACAGUCCUAGAGUUGUAUUUUUUUUAUAUGCCUAUUUAAAAAAAAAAUGCCACGUGAUCUGGUCAGUGGUAUUGGGAGGGGGGUUGUGGAAAAAGCAUUGCCAAAUGUUUUUAUAGAAAAAAUAUAACUUAUGGAUCAAUGAUUAUUUAUGAUGUGGUUUGUAUUAAUUUGCACAAAUUUCAUAGUAAUUCCUUUAUGUGAAGGAAUUUUAUAGCAUGGCGAUGAUUUCAGUUUUCCAGAUAAACUUGUGGAUAUCAGGUGAAUAUGCAUGAUUUAUUAUACUUAUUUAAGUAUUUGUCUAUGUAGUUAAAUUAUUUUACACAAGCGGCAUAAAUCAGUUGUCUGUUUAUUACUGAUCUGUUUUGCUAAGGACAAUUAUGGCUUUUCCUUUUUAACAAUUCAUAAAUGUACGUCCGGUUGAUUACAUAUUUCUUUAAAUAAAAUUUUUGUAUCUCAAUCUGACUUUUUUUAUUGACUGGUAGAUUUAUUUAUUUUACGCACUUACAGUAUCUCACAAAAGUGAGUACACCCCUCACAAUUUGGUAAAUAUAUAUUUUAUUAUAC